AACGUUCUACGCGGGUAAAUUAGAGCGGCGCACCCAAACACUAGGCUGCAGCGUGCAGCGUGUGGUGGUGCUCGGUGAAUGAGACAGCAACUCCUCUUGGAGAGCGCAGAGGAGCUCCGAUUUCUCCUGUUGAAUCCAGAGUGAGUCCAGCAGCCCCAGUGGACAUCUGCUGGAUUUCAGGACAAGAGAGGAAUGGAGGAGGACAACCAGAACCAGGAGCAGCGGAGCAACAAGGUCCCCAGAAGACCAGCAGCAGACCGGGACUCUGAUACCAGCCAUGUUCAGGAGCCCUCAGCAGACGUCAAGCUGGCGACCGGAGCAGGAAAGAAGGGAAAGAAGGCCGAGGAGGAGGAGGAGCAGCCUACAGCACCUCCUGCAGCAGUGAAGGAGGAAGAGGAGGAGGAGGAGGAGCAGCCUGCAGCACCUCCUGUAGCUGAGGAGGAGUAUGUGGUGGAGAAGGUUUUGGACCGCAGAGUGGUGAAGGGAAGAGUAGAGUUUCUGCUGAAAUGGAAGGGGUUCUCCGAUGAGGAUAACACAUGGGAGCCACAAGACAACCUGUACUGCCCCGACCUUAUCACCGAGUACAUGCAGAAACACAAGGAGAAGGAGGAGGGCAAGAGGAAAGUUGUCAGUGAGGCCUCGGGAGACUCGGAGCGAGGGAGCAAGAGGAAGGAGGGGAAACGCAGAGGAGGAGAGGGACCAAAACGUCACAACUGUCAACACUGUGACAAAUCCUUCACAAGAUCUGGAUAUUUAAAGAUUCAUCAGAGAGUUCACACUGGAGAGAAGCCUUACAGCUGUGAUCUAUGUGGUAAAACCUUUUCUGAAAGUGGUAGCCUUAAAUCUCACCAGCGCAUUCACACAGGAGAGAAGCCGUACUGGUGUGAACAAUGUGGAAAAACUUUUUCUGAGAGUGGCCACCUUAAAACACAUCAACGCAUUCACACUGGAGAGAAGCCGUACGUGUGUGAACAAUGUGGGAAAACUUUUUCUGAGAGUGGUAACCUUAAAACACAUCAACGCAUUCACACUGGAGAGAAGCCGUACAGCUGUGAUCUAUGUGGUAAAACCUUUUCUCAGAGCAGUAACCUUAAAACUCACCAGCGUGUUCACACUGGAGAGAAGUUGUACUGGUGUGAACAAUGUGGGAAAACUUUUUCUCUGAGUAGUGACCUUAAAAAACACCAGAGCGUUCACACUGGAGAGAAGCCGUACAGCUGUGAUCUAUGUGGUAAAACAUUUUCUCAGAGUAAUAGCCUUAAAAGACACCAGCGCAUUCACACUGGAGAGAAGCCGCACUGGUGUGAACAAUGUGGGAAAACGUUUUCUCAGAGUGGUCACCUUAAAAACCACCAGCUCAUUCACACUGCCUCGUUGUGAACAUGUUUCCGAGCCAAGCUGUUUCCUCCUGCCUCCUCCUCAUGCCCUGAUAGCUGUGUUGUUAUUUUCUGAUCUUCUCUCCACAUUGAAGGCUGACCAGCAGUAACUUUAUCUUCUGAACAGCAUGUAUGUUAUCCUGGCUAGGACUACACAUUACACUCCCUCCCUUUUGAAAGGCUGUAUUCCACUCAAAAUUAGUUAGUUUUCCUGUAAUAAAGUUCAGGGUUCAACUGCUAGCGCUUUUUAACUAAUGCUGCAGCGAAGAAGUGUUUGUUGUUCUUAAUUAAUCACCUGGUAAAUACAAUUUACAGAAAUUCCGACCUCUGUUUACUACGGUGAUGUCAAGUUGCUUCACUUUAUUGUCACUGUAGACGACAAAAGCUUUAAUCAGAAUAUGGCUGCUGCUGCCUAAAAAAUGACUUGAACAGUUGAUGUGUUUAAACUGCGUCUGUGCCGCCGCCAUCUUGGGACAGACAACGGAUCUUAAAGACUCAGAAAAAGAUAGUUGUACUGCUUUUGGAUGUUCAUGUGAAAGAAAUGCUAAACUAAGCAAAAUGGAAUAACAUUUCACGGAUGAAAUUUUUUUUUUACAAUAUUAUUAUUAUUAAAGGGUUGAAUUCAAUAUCACAAAAGGUAACAUUAAUCCUUCUUUUAAGCUAACCGUAAGUUAAGUGACUGUCCUGAUACUGAAUUGAGCUAAUGCUAGCUUGUCAGGUCAUGUAUGUUUUAUCUAAGUGAUUAUUAAUAUCUCAGUAAGAUGCUGAAAACUAUGUUUGUUAUGUGUGUCACUGAACAGUUCCUCACGUCAUUCCCCAUAGACCCCAUGUGAAAAAAUCAGAACUUUUCAUCAGAAAUAUAUAAAUGUUUACAGCCUGGUACAAAAAAAAGAAAACGGUUUUGGUCUAUGAAGCUAAUUUCACACUUCAUAACAACUGUUUAUAUCACUCACCUGUUUAAAUUGUAUCAAGGCUUAAAUCAGCAGACUGUUACUAGCUUUAAAAUAUUUUGAAAAAGUUUGGUAAUAAAACCUGCAUUUUUCAAGUAACCUGUAUUAUAAAUACAUGUCUGACAGCUGUAGUAAACCGCUUGAAAAUCA